AUGGAUGAUGAAGACACCGGUUGUUCAACAGGUUGUGCCAUAGAUAUGUUGCCAGUAGCAGAGGUUACCGCACCGGUAGAGGGGUUGGCGACUUCACAUUCGCUCCAGUGGAAGCCCAAUGUGGAUGAUUCAAUUUUGCCUGUAGUUGGACGCAAGUUUAGAACACUACAAGAAGGUAUCGAAUUCUACAUGAACUACGCUCGAAUAAGCGACUUUGACGUUCGCCAGGGGACAUUCAAGCGAGACAGAGAUGGGGUCAUAUUCAUGCGCUAUUUACUGUGUAGUCGGCAAGGGGUCAGAGGUGGUGGCAGGAUUAACCGGCUUCCAGACCGUGAUGUUGGUAGAGGAAAGAACAGGGAGCGCCAACGAAGGAUUUCUAACAGAUUGAAUGUAUCCCAACAAGCAUUCCUAGCAAACUGUGUUAAGACCAAUAUCGGGGCAUCGACAGGCUUGCGGUUUUGCAAGGAGGUGGCAGGUUCCUACGGGAAUGUGGGUGCAACCGACGUAGAGUUCCACAAUUUUAAACGUGACCUCCAAACUUACGUCGAUGCCGGUGAUGGCGAGAUGAUCAUUGAGAAGUCCAAAGCGAAGCAUGAAGUGUGUAGUGACUUCUAUUUUGAUUACCAGCUCGACGAAGAUGAUCGACUAGCACGACUUUUUUGGGCUGACCCCAGCGGCAGGCGCGCAUUUUCUUGCUAUGGUGAUACUAUUUCGUUUGACGCAACUUACGGCACAAACAGGUACAGUAUGGUGUUCGUGCCAUUCACCGGGGUUAACAACCGCAAACGAUGCAUCACUUUCGGGGUCGGUUUGCUCACUAAGGAGGAUAUGGACUCAUACAGUUGGCUAUUGGAGAGAUUUAAAUGCGCAAUGGGAAAGACCCCAUUGUGUGUUGUGACCGACCAAGACCCUGCUUUGAGAGUUGCUAUCGAAGAAGUUUUACCAGAAAGCCGUCAUCGCUUCUGCAUGUGGCACAUCAUGACCAAGGUCCCGGAAAAAAUCGGGAAUGAGUUAGCUAAAGACGAGAAGUUUCGCAACAAAUUAAAUGCUAUCGUAUGGAAUGAGAGAAUCAAUAGUGCUGAAUUUGAGGCGCAAUGGAACCUAUUAAUAGAUGAGUACAACCUGACAACCCAUCAGUGGUUUUGCAAACUGUACACAGAACGGGAGAGCUGGAUCCCGGCUUAUUUUACAGAUUUUCCAUUGAGCGGGUUGGUACGUACCACAUCUCAUUCGGAAGCAGAAAACAGUGUGUACGGAAAAUUCACACGCCCUCAUUCGAGUCUGGUAGAGUUCUACAUGCAAUACGAGAGUGUCAUUGAAACGCAACGCUACAGGCAAGCAAAAUUGAAUGCAGAGUGUGAGGGAUACAUACCAGAAUUCAAAACACCUUUAGCGCUCGAGCGGCAUGUUGCACAGCUAUUCACGAUAACUAUUUUUUAUGAGCUGCAGAAAGAGAUCGAAGCUGCCUGCUUUUACUCCCGAGUUGUAGGAGUUCGUGAGGACGGGGGGAGCAUCUAUUACGACAUCCGAGGCGAGUGUAACACAAUUUUCAGCGUACACCACGAUCCGAAGGGGCUCAGUGCAUCGUGCACCUGCAAGUUGUUUGAAAGAAUGGGUCUAGUCUGCAGGCAUAUGUUCCUAGUGUUUCGAGACGCACAGCUUGGGCAGUUGCCGUCACAAUACAUUGUGACCCGGUGGUGCAAACAUCUAGCCUGCGGUGCAUGCAGUGGUCAGUUAUCCGUUGCAAACGGGUCAACAUGUGGAGCGACACGACUUUGGGCUGAUAUUAACACAUGUGUUGGGUUGGUGGGCAGUAACACGGAGCGACAAGCACGUUUGGUCGAUGUACUAAAGAGUCUUACGAUGGAAUUUGCAAGCGAUGGUAAUACUGGGGGACCUAUUAAGGGUAAUCGUGCCGCCAUUCAGGCAUUAUGCGGUGUGUAA